UCGGGAUUGGCUGUUCGCGUCUCUUCACCGCCACCCGCAGGACCCGCAGGACCCCGCCAAACGCUGGGAGAUCACCGGCGGGGCCGCAGACGGCGUUCCUCCACAGUUGAUUGUGGCUGUUCACGUGUUGGAGUUUUAUGCGAAAUGAACUGAAGUCCUGCUUCUACCGUCUUCUGAAUUUAUGGACACUGAUUAAGGUGCGGCAGCCAGUGGUGACAGACUGAAGCAAAGCCAUGCCAGCUCCCCCGCCACCCCCACCCCCGGGGCCUCCCCCUCCUCCAACCCUGGCCCUUGCAAACACAGAGAAGCCAUCGCUGAACCGCUCGGAGCAGCAAGGAAGGAACGCCCUUCUGUCUGACAUUUCCAAAGGGGCCCGGUUAAAGAAAACCGUCACCAAUGACCGCAGCGGGCCCGUUUUUGAGAAACCCAAAGGAGGAGGUGGUGGAGGAGGAGGAGGAGGAGGAGGAGGUGGUGGAGGAGGAGGAGGAGGAGGUUUUGGUGGGGGGGCCCCUGGAGGUUUAGGAGGCCUUUUUGCAGGGGGAAUGCCAAAACUGAGAUCUGCAGGGACCAGAGAGUCCUUUGAUUCAGGAUCCAGUCGUGGGCCCAUUCUCCCCCCAGGGGCUCGCUCUGGUGGUCCCAGUUCCUACGGUGGAGGCGGUAGCCCCUCUGGCCCUCCUAAACUCCCGGGUGCUCCUGCUGGUCUUCGUAGCAGUCCUCCCGAUCUUCCGAGGGGGCGCCCCGGUCUGCCAUCAAGGCAGGACUCUCCUGGAGGAGGCCCACCUCCCUUACCAAACACGCCAAGACCUUCCCAGGGGUUCCAGUCUCGUAGUGCCCCACCCCCAUCAUCACUCCCCGGAGCACCCAAACCGAGCCCCGCGUGUGCAGUCCCACCGCCCAGCGUCCCACCGAGCAGGCACGGGCCCCUCCCUCCCCCGCCAAGAAGCUCCUCUCCAGGGUUUCCUCCACCACCACCGUCCAACGGCAGCAGACCUCCUUUACCCACAGCUCCUGGAGGACGGCCUCCUCUUCCAGAUGACCGACUGCCCCCGCCGCCAGCGCCCACAGGAGGUUAUCGUCCAUCUAUGCCCCGCGACAUGCCCCCACCCCCUCCUCCCUCCUCCAGCUUGAGGCCGUCUCCUUCCUCAUCGGGUCGUUCACCAGCCGUUGGAGGAACACCCCCUUUGCCACCGGGGCGACCGGGCCCUCCCCCACUCCCUCCCAGCCCUGCAGGGGGGGAUGACCAGAGCACACCCCGUUUGCCCCAAAGGAACAGCUCCCUCAACAGUCACAGUCCAGCCCCCCCACCUGGUCGGGCAGGACAUCUGCCUCCUCCACCAUCUGAAAGACCGCCGGCCUUCGGAAGGAACCAGUCAUCUUCACGCUCAGGAGCUCUCCCCCCCCCGCCUCCUACAGGUCGUAACGUUGGCCUCAGGUCUCCACCAGCGCCUGCCCCCCCCGGUCGGCCAGGUCUAGAGCCCCCCCGCGGUGGCCCCGGGGGCCGACCUCCGCCGCCGCCGGACAGGCAGGGCUCAGGAGCUUUUCCUCCUCCGCCUCCCAUGGGGAACGGCUUCCAGAACUCUCACCACAAUCAGUUUCAGGACGAAUGGGAGAGUCGAUUCAGCUUCCAGCCGGUGUCGGACUUUCCUCCACCUGAACCCUACGUGUCUUUCCCCAAGACUUAUCCCAGCAAACUUGCCAAGACAGACGGCAAAGGUGCUGGUAAAAAGGAGAGAGGAGCUCCUCCUCUUCCUCCCAUACCCAGGUGAAUACAAGAUGGCUGCCAUCCCCACCCUCCAGAAGACCCACAUCUUUUCUAUGCCUUUUUUUUUUUUUGUCAUCAUCGUACUUUGACCUGCUGCCUGACGUUCACAUGGAGACCGUCCGGCGUCUGGUGGAGCAUCAUCAUGCAGAUGCUCAGAAUGUAACUCCAGCAAACUGUUCAAUCAGGCUGAGGAUCUCUGUCAAUCAGAUUACAGCCAUGUUCUACGACGGUUCAUUCAGAUGAAGUUUCUUUCCAAGCUGUUGUGCUCUCAUGUCAGAUUUGCCUUUUUGUUGUUGAAAACAAGGAUUAAUUACUGGAGAGUGGAUUCUGGGAAAUGUGGUCUUUUCAUCUGCAAAAGCAUCCUGUGCCUUCAGUCUGUUCCUGUUGGGAUUAUGCAACGGUACGCCUGUGGACUAUUGUGGGGGAUUUUUUAUUUUUAAGAUUUUAAUGAUUAAAUCCAAAAUCUUUUUAUUUGUUAAAUUACCUUGAAGGACUGUAAGUUAUACAGCAGACAGUGCAGCAUUGUGUUUAAACAGGAACUUUGUAUUUUAAAAUCUCGACUAUCAGAGGAAAAUGAGACUGGAUAGAACAAAUACAUCAUUUAAAAACUCUGAAUAAAAAUGAAAGAUUUUUUUAUUUACAUUAUCACAUUUUAUCACAAACAAAAAACUGUAGCAUGAAGGAAGAAACAAUAUUUUUAUCAUCAGACACAUAUAUGAAUCAUUUACAUAUUGGUGCAAUAAAAGGGACAAUAAAUGGAUACGUGAAAAUGUGA